CUUAGGAACGCAACUUUAAACGGAAUGCAGUGGGAUCUUCAGAUUUGUCGCGAUUGAACUGUUUCUUUAAUAGACGAGGAUCUCCAAAUAGAGAAUAUGGCAGAGGCUGAUACACCCAGUGACAUAAUUGUUGUUCUUGGCUGCAGGACCAGUGAAGAUGGUACCCCUUCAGAGAUGUUAAAGUCUAGAGUGCAUCGAGCAGCUGAGCUGUACACUUCAUUACAACAAAAAAAUAUUGACUGUCGAGUCGUUGUUACAGGAUAUUGUGCACAAGAUCAGGUUGUGACAGAAGCAAGUGCCAUAGAAAAAUAUGCGGUAGAAAACAAUCUUAUUGAUCCAAAACAUAUAAUCAAGGAGGAACAAGCAAGCAGCACAGCAGAAAAUUCUUAUUACAGUCGCAUUAUUAUAGAUCAGUUUGGUGCCAGUAAUGUCCAUGUUGUCACAACACAGUUGCACAUGGAAAGAGCAAAGAAAUUUUUUGAAAGGCUCUACUCACCAGAAGUUUACAACAUAAAUUACUAUGAGUGCACACAUGAGAUGAAUGAUGAAGAGAAGAAACAUGUGGAAGACAGAGAAGAAAGUUUAUUUCCCUUAAUAGAUGAGCACAUCAAAAUAAUAAUGCCCAAACUUACACUGCCUGAUGGAAAAAUGAUAGAAAUUCUUCAUUCAUCAUUGGUUCCAACAGAUGUGUUCAAUCAUGGUUUUACAACAAGAUAUGGUGGUGUCUCAACCUACAACACAUUAUCCUCUCUCAACUUGAUGUACAGUGACAAAAGAAGAGAUCCAGACAUCAACGUCCAGGAAAAUCGUCGUAGACUUGCCUUGACUGCAAGAUUCAACCCUGAGAAAUUUCGUGUGGCUAAAUGUGUUCAUGGGGCUGAUGUGUGGGUGAUUGGAGAUCCACAACCAGACAGCUAUGAUGCCUUAGUAACUGAUAACAGGCAGUUCACAUUGGCUGCUCCAGGUGCUGACUGUCCUGUGGUGCUGUUUUGUGAUCCAGUGAAAAAGGUUUGUGGUGCUGCUCAUUCUGGGUGGCGUGGAACAUUAGCCAUGAUUGGUGCUGCUGUUGUUGAUGUAAUGUUGACAAGGUUUGAAUGUAAAGUAAAAAAUAUUCAAGUUGCUAUUGGACCCUCAAUCGGCCCUUGCUGCUUCGAAGUUGGGGAGGAAGAGGCUGAAAAAUUUGCUGAGGCAUUCAAUGAUAGUGUUGUGGUGCGAAAGGAUGGUUCACCACGCCCAUUUAUUGAUCUUCGCCUUUCCAUUAGAAUGCAACUUGAGAAAAAAGGAGUGCUUCCAAAGAACAUUGAUGAUAAUACAAGAGCAACUGAUGAUGCCUCAAAAUCUCAGCACCCAACCCAAUGUACAAGUUGUGACCCCCAGCAAAGAUUCUUCUCAUUCCGACGAGAUGGUAGCCAGUAUGGAACACAAGUUGCUUUUAUCAGCCUCAGAGAAUCAGAUGAUUCUGCCUGUAACAUUUUAUAAUUUACUCGAUCAAUUAAUGAACUGGGUGGGAAUUUUUGCCACAUUAAAACUAUUGUAAAAAUUGGAUAGUGCAUAUGAGAGGUCAAAUAUAAGGAAAAAAAGGAAAGCAUGAAUUCUUUUUUUUUUUAAUUAGUGUGUGCAUUUAAUAAAUUGUAGUUGUCAUAUUCUGCUGUCAGAAUACAGCCAACUCAUGAAUGAAAGCUCCCAAGGAGUCUUGGACAAUUAACCCCCUAAUUCACAACCCUAAAUAUAUCAUUGAGACAAAGGGGGUAUUUACCUCUUCACGAUACUCUACUCUGCUUUACCUUAUGUAAUUUUUUUUUCCUUUCAUUCUAAAACUGGUAUGUACAUUUAACCCUUUAA